UUAAAUUAUAAACAAAGUUGGCGGUAAAGAUGGAGACGGUGGGGCGAGAAAGUUCGCCCAGCGAUGAAACGAAUGGAGAACACAGGGUGCAAGUAACGUCGAAAAAGCAAGUCGUCGAGCAGAUACAUAAAUACAAAGACAUUCUGAAGACAGCUCUCGACGGACAGCCGGACAUUGCAGAGGAGACGAGGCGAGUUUUACUGCAGGAGCUGCUGGCGAACUUUGAGGCGGCUGUUCAGGACAAUGUGUUGGUGAACGGACGGCCGUGGGAGGAGGCACCUGAUGUAGAAGAGGAUGAGGCUGUCGACCUGGAGAGCGUCCUGGACGACACCAUUGUUGAGACCACCAGGAGGCGCCGUACAUACCCCAGACAGAUCCUGCCGCAUGUGGUCCAUUCCCUCAAGGCUGAGCGCAAGCUCAUGGGGCUGUAUGAGCAAGCAGUCGAACCCCAAGAGGUGGUCAAAGACCCAGAUCAAGAGAGCAUCAUGAAAGAUUUGUCAGCAGCAGCACCUGGGAUGGUGAAACAGGCCAUCCAGGUUAUAAAGUCUAUCAACACUCUGCAGAAACAAGCCGAAGGCCUGUGUGAGAUCCUCAACAUGAAUCCGAGUCACGCCACUCUGGAGGUCCACAGAGAAGUGUUCGGCUACAGCGGCCAACCAGACGCUCCGCUGCCCGCUGGGGGUGCAGCCAACAGGAACAGGCAGCCGAUCAAGCGAGCCGUGGAGGAAGCAGCAGCCACAGGCUGCUACGUGCCUCUCGCCAAGAAACCAGACUGCCCCGUGGGACUGGGCAAACCGGAGUGACGCUCCCUGCGGCCAACAACACAGAACACCUAAGAUGGUGUGAUGCAAUGGACUAACAAAGUCUAACAUGUACAGUUAAGGUUCCCUGUCUUAUAUUACUGCUGCUGGAUAACAUUACGGCACAAAGCCACGAGAGGGCGCUGUUCUUCUGAAGCUGACACCUGGUGAAGCCUACACAAAAGUGGUUGUUUGCUCCCCCAUUUGCAAAAAGUGUUGCACAGCAUCCAACUGAGUUAAACUGCUGGGCAGAGGACGUAUGAUUCUCUCAUUACAUACGCCAAUAAAUCGCACUUAUUGUGAAAGUAUUUACCAUAUUAACAUUCACAAAGCAUCUUAAUCUUGUCUCGUUUAGAAAAAGUCCAUAAAAAUUGUCCAAAUUUUGCAUUUUGCCACUGAAACUAUCUCCUGAAUUUGUUAAAGAGUAAAAAGUAAAAAGUACUGGUCUUUAGGACCUUAGGACAGGAUCAGAAAAGGGGUUCUUAUCCUGCUCAUAACGUAUAAAAAUACUUUCUCCCGGUUUGCUCGUUCGCAUUUGUCAGUUUAUGGUCAUUCAAUGAGCCUGUGAAGAUGUUUCCUGGUGAUAUAAACUUUUUUACAGCCCACACUCCACCUGUCCUGCGUCCUUUUUGAAGGAUAAGGCUGUCAGUAUUCUAUACUGGUCUUGAUGACAGCAUAGUCCAUAGAAUAACCGAAAACCAACAAUGUGUUAGUCCGUCUCUCUACACUCCCC